UAUAGGAAAGCCAAGCAUCUCCAUCUACAGCUAUGCCCGCAAUGGAGGUCGUCGAAGGCCCUGCGCAGCCAGAUGUCCUCACCGAUUCUGUUAUGGGAAAGUAUAGCCUCGCUGCACAGUUCACAAAUGCGGCACUGGCAAAAGUGCUCGAAGCAUGUCGACCUGGCGCCAAUACCGCUGCGCUCUGUCUACUGGGCGAUGCACUGAUGCAAGAGGGCACCUCGCGCGUGUUCAAACGAGACAAGCAAUUAGAGAAGGGCAGUGCAGAGCCAACAACCGUCAAUGUCAACAAUUGUCUCGGUGGCUACGCUCCAAUGGAGGAAGAAGGUGCAUAUAUUUUGCAAGCGGGAGAUCUUGUCAAGGUAUCCUUGGGCGUGCAUAUCGAUGGUUAUACUGCCAAGGCAUGUCACACAAUGCUUGUGACACAAGGUCAGCAAUCUGAAGCCAUACAAGGUCCCGUGGCAGAUGUCACUGUUGCGACAUGCGCAGCAACAGAAGCAGUUACUCGUCUCCUUGCACAAGCGCAACCUCCCUCUGCACUUGAAGACACACAAAGCGUAACCCUUGCGCAACUGAGAAGUCUCGUGGAAGCCUGUGCUGCGGCCUUUGACGUGCGCGUAUGCGAAGGCUCAAAAGUCAGGAGACUCCGGCGUUUCCUGGUAGGCCAGGCGACUGUUGAGGAAGAAGCACUGGAUGAGAAUGACCGGCCAAAACAGAUCACAUGGGUGUACCGGCCCGUUACUGCACCUGCACAGACGAGUGCAGAUCGGCUACAAGCAGAAGAGGAAGAAACCACGCAAGUGAGCCCUGGUGAAGUAUGGCUACUGGAUCUUGCCUUUUCGACCGGCAAGGGUGCUGUUCGUCCACAUGGCGUACUGAGACCGACGCUGUAUGCACGAGACUACGGUGUGACCUAUCAACCCAAGCUGAAAGCCUCACAAGAGACCCUGCGCGAAGUCACAGCAACAAAGAGCGUGUUCCCCUUCCACUUGCGAACACUGUCAAACCAAAAAGUCGCGCGGAUGGGUGUGUCUGAGUGCGAGCGUAAAGGUCUCCUCGUGGCCUAUCCCGUCCUGUGCGAGCACCCGAAAGAGUUUGUCUCUCGUCAAGCAAGUACGCUGGCGUUACUUGGUAAAGAGGUGGUCAAGCUGACUGGUACGACGGGUGAUGUGCCGUGGGUCAAGAGCGCGCAUAGCGUGGAGGACGGUAGCGACUUGGCGAAAUGUCUGGCGUUGCCCCUGAAGGUGCGCAAAGCAUCUGCCGUUGUAGAGAGUUCCGCGAUGGAAUUGUAGAAGGAUACGCUACGCUGUGAUGUCUAUGUGAAGUCUUCUGGACUAGUCUAUAAUA